AGAAUACAGCGCAAGUGUAGUAGUGCAAAGCUAAAAUAUCAGUAAAUCAUAAAUUCCACAAAUAUAUUUUUCACAGUGUGGUCAACAUAUUUUUACUACAAUUGUUUUUUUAGUUUAGUCCACGAGUGUACUGUAUUGAUCAAUUAUUAACUUGUUAUAUUCACUACACUAAUAAACUCUUAGGACUAGAGGGAGGAGUUAGAAGAUGUUCUCAAAGUACAUUUAGGUUUUUCCUCUGAGAGGAUCAAGGAAAUUGCACAUCGAGAUGGCGCUUAACUGGCCCGGCCUGCUGUCAAUCGGUGUGUUCUACCUCAUCGUCCUCGCAACAGGCGUCUGGGCGUCCAGGAAGUCCAAACGCGAGGAGAGGAAGUGCACUGGAAACCUUAGUGAGGUUGCCAUGGUUGGAGGGCGGAACCUCAACAUCUGGGUCAGCAUCUUCACUACCACAGCUACAUGGGUGGGAGGAGGUUUCAUCUUAGGCAAUGCUGAGGUGGUCUACGACCCUAAAAGAGGCCUGGCUUGGGCCAUCGCACCAAUAGGCUUCGUCCUUAGCCUGGUUGUAGGUGCGUUGUUCUUUGUGAAACCGGUCCGAGAGAAGAAUUACGUCACCAUAAUGGAUCCGUUCCAGGAGAAGUAUGGAAACACGUUAACUGCUAUUCUCUUUGUCCCAUCACUCCUUGCUGACAUCUUCUGGAUAGCCUGUGUGCUCGCUGCAUUAGGGGGAACGGUGAGUGUGAUCAUGGAUAUCCCAUCACCCUUGGCUGUGGCCCUGUCUGCUGCCGUGGCAGUUCUCUACACAUUACUGGGAGGGCUGUACUCGGUGGCCUACACUGAUGUCAUCCAGCUCAUCUUCAUGUUCCUCAGCCUGUGGUUCUGUGUGCCCUUCAUACUGAUGAGCCCCGCCUCAACAGACAUUACAGUCACAGCGGUGACAAAACUGUAUCAGGAGCCAUGGACCGGCAGGCUGAAGGUGGCAGAUGCAGGGCGCUGGCUGGAUGACCUGCUACUGGUGACUCUAGGUGGAAUCUGUUACCAGGCCUUCUACCAGAGAGUCCUGGCCACAGCCACUGUGGCUCAGGCUCAGUUCACUUGCUAUGCUGCCUCUGUCUUCUGCUUCAUCCUCGCCAUACCACCUCUUCUCAUUGGUGCUGUGGCAGCAUCCACAGAUUGGAACCAGACCAGUUUUGGUCUACCUACUCCCUACGAGCAGGGCAAGGCGGGUAUGAUUCUGCCCAUCUCCCUGCGCUACCUGUGUCCACCUUUCGUCUCUCUUGCCGGAAUCGGCGCCAUUGCUGCUGCCGUGAUGUCAUCUAUUGACUCGGCCCUGCUGUCUUCUGCGUCCCUUUUUGCCAGAAACAUCUACAAAAACAUUUUCAGCAAAAGGGCCUCUGAGAAACAAAUUCUACGGGUUGUAAAGGUGUCCAUCCUACUGUUUGGUUUCAUGGGGGCGGGCUUGGCCAUGACGACCUCCUCUGUGUAUGUCUUCUGGAUUCUCAGUGGAGAUGUGAUGUACACGGUAGUGUGUGCACAGUUGAUCUGCAUCCUCUUUCUACCUGGGAAGGUCAAUGGGUAUGGUGCCUUGGCAGGCCUUGUGGUAGGGCUACUGCUGCGGCUACUAGUGGGAGAGCCCCUGCUUGGUGUGCCUGGACUCAUGCCCCUUCCCUGGGACAGCCUACACGAGGACGGGUGUCUGCUGCAUGUCUUCCCAUUCCGCACCGGCAUCAUGUUGGUCUCUCUGGCCACCAUCCUGGUUGUGUCACGUUUCGCAGCCUGCCUUUUCCUUAAAGGGCUACUGCCUGACAACUGGGAUGUAUAUGGACUUGGUCAAAAAAGGAGGAUUUUGAUGAAGGAUAUGGUAGCUAAGGAUCUGACUGAGAAGAUUGGACUGAACACAAGGCAGAUGGACCCAUCUCCUCAUGCGAGCACAGAAGAUAUGAGGUCUUUACAAUGACUUGGGGUUCCAUCAUGUAGAUAGUUACAGUGGGGCAAAAAAGUAUUUAGUCAGCCACCAAUUGUGCAAGUUCUCCCACUUAAAAAGAUGAGAGAGGCCUGUCAUUUUCAGCAUAGGUACACUUCAACUAUGACAGACAAAAUGAGAAAAGAAAUCCAGAAAAUCACAUUGUAGGAUUUUUUAUGAAUUAAUUUGCAAAUUAUGGUGGAAAAUAAGUAUUUGGUCACCUACAAACAAGCAAGAUUUCUGGCUCUCACAGACCUGUAACUUCUUCUUUAAGAGCCUCCUCUGUCCUCCACUCGUUACCUGUAUUAAUGGCACCUGUUUGAACUUGUUAUCAGUAUAAAAGACACCUGUCCACAACCUCAAACAGUCACACUCCAAACUCUACUAUGGCCAAGACCAAAGAGCUGUCAAAGGACACCAGAAACAAAAUUGUAGACCUGCACCAAACACAUGAAAAUCAUAUUUCAACCAGGCAGGUACGCCACAAAAGUCAGAAAUAGCGAUAUAAUUAAUGCCUUACCUUUGAAAAUAUUCUUCUGUUGGCACUCCAAAAUGUCCCAGAAACAUCACAAAUAGUCCUUUUGUUUGAUAAUGUCCUUCUUUAUGUCCCAAAAAUGUCAAUGUAUUUGCCGCGUUUGAUUCAGAAAUACACCGGUUUCAACUCGCCCAACAUGCCUACAAAGUAUCUAAUAAGUUACCUGUAAACUUGGUCCAAACAUUUCAAACAAUGUUCCUAAUCCAACCUCAGGUACCCUAAAAUUUAAAUAAUCAAUCAAAUUUAAGACAGAAUAAACUGUUUCUAAUACCUGAUAAAAACAACGUGAAGCGUGCUCCAGUUCACACGCACCAAAACAGUAGAGUCCACCUGGAGUGACUACUUCUUAACUUUUCAAAAGAAAAACAUUGAACAAUUUCUAAAGACUGUUGACAUCUAGUGGAAGCCAUAAGAACUGCAGCUAGGUUCCCAUAGAAAACAACUGGAAAAAUCCAAUGACCUCAAUUUUUUUUAUUCCCUGGAUGGUUUGUCCUUGGGGUUUUGCCUGCCAUAUCAGUUCUGUUAUACUCACAGACAGUAUUUUAACAUUUUUAGAAACUGUAGAGUGUUUUCUAUCCAAAUAUACCCAUUAUAUGCAAAUCCUAGCUUCUGUGCCUGAGUAACAGGCAGUUUACUUUGGGCACGCUUUUCAUCCGGAGGUGAAAAUACUGUCCCAUACCCAAGAGAGGUUAAUUCAAUAAACAAUGUUACCUUUUCAAAGAAAUGUAGUUUGUGGAAAAUACUGUUUCCUUUUCUUGUUACUUGUUUGUCAUCUUCAUGUUUAUGGUACAUUUGUAUGAAUAUCCUUCAAAGUCUGUUUGUUUAGAAAUAAAUAAAAAUACAAGCUAAAUAACGAGUGAUCAA